AUGAGGCAUCUUAGUCGAUGGAUUGGAUUUGGUCUGGAAGAGGUUGGCGUUGAAAAAAAGACCCGUAUUGUUCGCGUCAUGGUGUCGCCACGAUAUUUUCGUCCGGCUGAGGUGGUAAGUGGUUGA